UGAAAGUGAAAGCAGAUGAUGUUAAAUAGCCAUAGCUGUAACUGCAACUAGAAAUGGCUUCCAAGUCUUUUUCUGAGGAUGAUUUCUCCUGUCCUGUGUGCUGUGAAGUAUUCAACGAUCCAGUAAUUCUGCCCUGCACUCACAGCAUCUGUGAAGCCUGCCUGAAAUAUUUUUGGGCAACCAAAGGAUCCAGAGAAUGUCCUGUCUGCAGGACAAGAUCCUCUAAAGAUGAGCCUCCUCUUAACCUUCAUCUGAGGAACCUGUGUGAGACUUUCCUGCAGCAGAGAAGUCGAAGAGAACCAUUCUGCAGUGAGCACCGUUCAGAAUUGAAGCUUUACUGUGAAGAUGACAAACAGCUUGUGUGUUUGGUGUGUCGAGACUCAAAACUCCAUAAAAACCACAACUUCAGUCCCAUCAGUGAAGCAGCACUUCAGUAUAGGGAAGAGCUGAAGGCUAAACUGCAGCUUAUUAGGAAGAAGCUGGUUACCUUUAGAAAGGCUAAAGAAACCUGUGAUAAAACUGCCCAAUACAUUACAGUCCAGGCUCAACACACAGAGAGGCAGAUCAAGCAGGAGUUUGAGAAGCUUCACCAGUUUCUCCGAGAUGAAGAGGCAGCCAGGAUAGCUUCACUGAGGGAGGAAGAGGAUGAGAAGAGUCAGAUGAUGAACGAGAACAUUGAGAAGAUGAGCAGAAAGAUCUCAUCUCUCACAGACACCAUCAGAGCCAUAGAAGAGGAGAUGGGAGCUGAUGACAUCACAUUACUGCAGAGCACAUUGGAAAGAGACCAGGGCUCACUGCAGGAUCCAGAGAAGAUUUCAGGAGCUCUGAUCGAUGUGGCGAAACACCUGGGAAACCUGAAGUUCAGAGUCUGGCAGAAGAUGCAGGACAUGGUUCAAUACACUCCUUUGACUCUGGAUCCCAACACUGCAUGGUCGCGACUCAUCCUGUCUGGGAAUCUAACCGGUGUGAAGAUAGGUAGGAGGGUAGAUCAUCAGCUUCCUGAUAACCCGGAGCGAUUCGAUAGAUUUCAAUUUGUGUUGGGCUCCGAGGGCUUUGAUUCGGGGGCACACUGCUGGGAUGUGGAGGUCGGGGGGAGCGCUAGCUGGUUCCUGGGUGUGAUGACCGAGUCUCAUCAGAGGAAGGGAGAGUUUUCCCUCUGCAGUGGGGUCUGGUUUGUGUAUCAUCAUAGAGGUCAAUAUAAAUCCAAAUCUCCAUGCCAACCCCUCAGCCUCCUCACAGUGAGUCAGAAACCCCAGAGGAUCAGAGUGCAGCUCGACUGGGACGAAGGAGAGCUCUCAUUCUCUGACCCUGAUCGAAACACACAUAUUCAUACAUUUACAGACAUUUUCCUUGAAAGAGUGUUUCCGUUCUUUUCCCCUACUGUUUCGCUAACCAUCUUGCCAGUUGAGGUUGCAGUAACAUUACAGUGAAUAAUGUUUUAGUGGCCAAUGUCACACACACACGCACACGCACACACACACACACA